AGAUGGCGGCGCGCGGGAAAAGGAAAGCUAAAGCUGCAGCUCAGGUGAAUAAAGAGCGCGCGCUGCGGCACAGACGUGACUCAGCGUUUUAGUGUUUAAUACAAAAACACAUAAAUAUAAGCAGCGUGAGGUAAUUAAACACGGAACCGGAUAUGAGGUAGUUUAGUGCUCUACACCGAGGAGUGAGGCAUCUGAGCAGGGCAAACGGCCGAGGUUUCAGGAGGCGGGGUCUGAUCAAGGGGCGGGGCCAUCAGCACCUGCGCAGGUAAGGGAGGAGGUGGAGCGUCUGUACGGCCUGCGCAUGCCUCUCGACUUCUAUCACUUCUGGGAUUUCUGCAGCAGUCUGAGACCUGAUGACCCACAAGAUGCCCUGAGGGAUACUGUAGGUGUGCAUUUAGUCGGGCCGUUUGAUGUUGUGUGCGGUAAACACUCCCAGUCGUCGUCCAAACCCAACCUGCACCUGCACUGGAGACAUUACUACGACCCUCCUGAGUUCCAGACCGUCCUGCAGGGGAACACGGACACUCACCUGCACCUGGGUUACUACAGAGACAGUCCUGACGCCCUGCCGGUGUUUGUUGGAGAGAAUGAGGCGAAGAAGGGCUGCACUAUCACACAGAUGGGAGAGAACCUGUUUGCUGCAGUGCUGCUGUUAAUAGACAGGAAGAAGCGUAAGGAGGGGGGGAAGGGGGGUGGUGCUCUGAGGAAAUUGGAGGUGGAGUUAAAGAAGAAGGCGGAGCAGCUGGGUUUGCCUCUGGAGAAGAAAACCAAAGCUAUGAAGCAGAGAGACAAGAAGGUGGUCAGUAAGACGUUCCAUGGUGCAGGUAUCGUAGUGCCUGUUGAUAAAAACGACGUAGGAUAUCGAGAACUUCCUGAGACUGACGCUGAACUAAAGAGGGUGUGUAAGGCGAUAGCGGAGGCUGAGAGUGAUGAGGUGAGGAUGAAAGCCUUCGCUCCUCUACAGGAGAUAAUGACUCUGGUGCAGUUUGCUAACGAUGAGGGAGAUUAUGGCAUGGCUCUGGAACUCGGCCUCGACCUCUUCUGUUACGGAUCACACUAUCUCUCGAAGACGAUUGGUAAUCUCCUGCCCUUGGCGUACUCGCUGCUCCAGAGGAACCUUUUUGCUGAAAUCAUUACGGCUCACCUCGCUAACCGUUCCCAUGACGACCUGGAUAAACUGGCAGCUGUAUAAGUGGGCGGAGUCACGUCUAUGUUUUGUUCAGAUUAUUUUAGGGCGGGGCAGCAUUACAGCAAAUACACACCAGUUCAGAAGUGUUACAUGUUAUGUGUUAUUUGCUUGUUUGGAUGUGUGU